CCUCGACUGUGCCGUGCUGUCAAAAUAUUGUUUCUGAUGAGACUGAAAUCGCAGGCAUUUUCUGUGCACGUAGGUAAAAUAUUAAAAAUCCAGUCAAAAAAUUGCACAAAUCAUAGAAUUUAGUAGGUUAAUUGAAGCGAAAUAGUAGUGGAACAUUUUGAAGACAGAUCGGUGCAGUUUGCGUGAUUUGGCUUCGAAUUUGUCUCAUGGCGAAGGUGCUAAUCAUCGAACCCUUUUAUGGUGGCUCCCACAAACAGUUGCUCGACACUUUUCUUCAACAAUUUCACCCGGCCGAAUAUGACUUGUUCACGUUAACCGCCAAAAAAUGGCACUGGCGUUCUCGAAUCGGCGCUCUCUACUUCUCCGAGACCAUUCCAAGGGACCAUCAGUACAAAACCCUGUUCACUAGCUCGGUGCUGAAUCUGGCCGAGCUGAUUGGGCUCCGGCCGGACUUGGCCAUCUGCCGGAAGAUAGUGUACUUCCACGAGAACCAACUGAACUACCCGGUGCGGGAAAUCAAAGAACGAGACUGCCAGUACGGUUUGAACCAGAUUAUGACCUGUCUCAGCGCGGACCAGAUUGUGUUCAAUUCGCAGUACAAUAAGAUAUCCUUCCUGGACAAUAUCAAAAGCUUCCUGAACAUUGCGCCGGAUUUGAAGCUGAAAAAUUUGAGGGAAAAGUUGGAACCGCGCUGCGAGGUCCUCUACUUUCCGAUUCCGUUCCACACAAUACCGAAGCGCAUAUUCACCAAGAACGACAAACCGUUGCAUUUGAUCUGGCCUCACCGAUGGGAGCACGAUAAAAAUCCUCAAUUUCUGACCAACACGCUGCUGGAAUUGAACAAACGCCAGGUGGACUUCCGGGUGUCGAUCCUGGGCGAACGAGCUCAAUCCAUACCGGAGUGCUUCGAAAACAUUGGAGAACUGUUGAAGGAGAAGUUGAUCAACUUUGGAUUUCUGAGCAAAGAUGAAUACUAUCGCACCCUACUGGAUGGAGAUGUCGUAAUUUCAACAGCGGGACAUGAGUUUUACGGAGUCGCCAUGUUGGAAGCUUCUUACUGCGGUUGCCUACCGGUUGCACCAAACAAGCUAGUCUACCCGGAAAUUUAUCCAGAGACCAGUUUGUACAACACUUCGAACCAGCUAAUUAAAAUGCUGUACAAUUGGUGCAAAAAUAGACACCUGUUCGAGCGUGAUCGGGCCAUUUUCUACGAAAACUUCGACUUCGAGAAAUACUCCGCGGUAAGCAUUGUUCCCAAGUUCAUAUCGAUGAUCAGAGCGCACACCGGCGGCACUCCAGCCAUGGUAAACGGGGUCUAGGCCAUGUGCGUUCCGUAGCUCAAUUCUAAAACCGAUCGAUGCUAGCUGCUCUAGAAGAUUUAAAUUCUUCCAAUAAAUUCGUAACUGUCGGUAAUAGGCCAAAUAUGUGUAAGUGCGAGGUAGUCGCCAUACGAAAAAAAAAAAAAGAUCGACAACGUGCAAUCUCGCGCCAAUUAUCUAUCCACUAUUAUAAGUAGGGUCUCCAAAGGCACAAAACUGUUUGUUCUAAUCAUUAGUGUUACGAAAAUGGUUUAUUGUCAGUCGAACAAUUGUUUUAAACAUUAUUUGUUUUAGAUAAUUUUGUAAUAGUUAAAUCAACAAAAUCAUAACUGAGCUUAAACAUUUUAAAUCAAAGGGAACUGUUUUGGCAUUUUUGUUUUCAGCUUUUAAUAAUAAGUUGAUUGUUUUAGAGGUGGUCAAUGAAAAAUGGGUAUUGUAUAUUACAGUACAACAGUCAAAAUUCUAUACCUAAAUGAAAUUGAAAUAUCGGGAAUCAACAUAUUCAUAGAUAAUAAAAUACUGUCGUCAAUAUUA